AUGCAGAAGCUUCUCUCUUCAGCGAGUUAUUUUAGUCCUCUUCUUGACCGAAAGCUGUUGCUAGUUGUUGAAAACAACGUUCAGCAACGCAACGACCCUGGUAAUGUAUCAGUUAGUCGAGUUGUAGUAAAGCUUCCACCAUUCUGGGCCGAUCGACCUAGACUGUGGUUUGCUCAGGUAGAUUCCCAGUUCACCAUCUCAGGCAUCACAAGCGAUGACACUCGGUUCCACUACGUCGUUUCUCAGCUUGAAACACGUUACGCAGUGCAAGUAGAGGACAUCAUCACAAAUCCGCCUGCAACGAAUCGUUACGCUGUACUUUGUCCGAAGCUUAUUGAAAGGCUGUCUACUAGUGAAGAAGAAUGUGUUCGCCAGUUGAUCAGCGACAAAGAUAUCGGAGAUCGCAAGCCAUCGCAGUUCUUACGCCACCUACGUACUCUGAUCGGUCCAGCCCAACUACAGGACAACAUCCUUCGAGCACUCUGGCUACGUCUCCCUAUUAACAUUCAAGCGAUUAUCACAGCUCAAAAUGAACUUCCACUUGAUAAACUUGCAGAUAUAGCGGAUAAAGUCAUUGAAGUUUCUACAAGAACACCACAAGUAACAGUAAAUGCUACGGCAACUCGUGAACACACGAAGUCAGAUGACGACCUCACUGCUGCUGUUCAAGAGUGGCGCACUCGAAGUAUCCCUCCGGCACGAUCGUUCGACCAAUCAUAA